GGAAAGAGGGGACAGACUUCCGCCAAAAACAAUUGGCAAUUGUUUUACGUGAGGGGUGUUGUGCCAAACGAGGCCACUCUCGUGGAGGUGGAGCCCCGGGUUCAGAGCUUACGAAGCCGUACGGCAUUCGCUUUCAUCAACCCAUCGAGUCAUACGAUAUAUGUGUGGUUCGGAUGCAAAUGUCUGGACGAGACCCGCAAAGUGAUGCACAACGCCAUCGAUCGCCUCAUUACUCAUAAACCGCCGCAAAUCGGACUCAAAGUUGACGCCAAUUAUGUGACCAAAGAGUUGGACGAAGGAAAGGAAGACAAAGAAUUCUGGGAUCUAUUCGAGAGCCAAGACCGGCGACAACAGCGGCAACGGCUUUACCACUCGUUAAUUGAUAGUCGGUUCACCUAUGACUUCACUCCCAGACUGUUUCACUUGACCUCAUCGUCGGGAGAGUUCACCGCCAAAGAGAUAUUGUGUUCGUAUAGGAGUGUCCAUAACGUGACGCCCUAUCCGUUCACUCAGGAGGACAUCUAUAGCGCACAACAGCCGACAUUCUUCCUGUUCGACAAUUGCCACCAAAUAUUCCUCUGGGAAUCGAAGUACGCCUUCUCUAAAGAGGCGACCGACGACUCGGAGGCCAACGCCACCACCGGUUCCCAGACUAUCCGUUGGAGCGCCGAACGCAAGUGUGCACUCGAUUCAGCCAUUGCCUACUGUUUCGCCAAAAACAGUGCCGAACCGCCGAAUGGGUUCGUCGUGUGCGCCGGACUCGAACCCGACUCCUUCUGCGCUCUAUUCCCUCAGUGGACGUACAGAGAGGACGUGGCGCUCCUUCACCAACAGGACGGUCGCAAACCGGGAGAAAUGUUGGCCAUUCAGGAGGUGUUGUCUCAAUACAAGACUCAAUACAGUUUAGAAGAGCUAACCCGACGACCACUGCCUGAAGGGCUCAACGAGUUAUGCCUCGAAUCCUACUUAGGAGCCGACGAUUUCAGGGAUGUGUUGGGUGUGUCUCGGGAGGAGUUUUACGAUAAUUUGCCGAUUUGGAGGCAAACACAACUCAAGCAAAAGGCAAACCUCUUCUGAAGCGGUGGUCCAUCCGUGUCCUCACCAUUCAUUCGCUUCUCAUUCCCGAAG